AUGACCAGCCUUACACCCUUGGAUACCUCUGAAGAAACACAAAGGACCUCUCAGGAAACCAACACCUCGUCUCAAUCAGUGCCGCCCAUCAGCCGUGAUACUGACGUUCCCUAUCGAGUUUCCACUCCGGUGGGAUGGCUCGGGAAGAUCCGAGGUCUAGAAGCAAGCAUGCACGCACCCGGUUCAGUCCCGAAGCCCAUCAUUGGCAAACAAUUUGUGGUCCAAGUCCCUGCUGAGGACGUUGGCGUUCCCAUGCUUGAGGUAGAGCGCACCGGGCUUAGCACUGCCCCGCCUACAUGGACAGCCUUGCCCCAGUGGAGCAUGCGUCGUUUAUUCAAGGAUGGCAAGGAAGCAAAGCUCGCCGAAAAAUUCCAGUAUAAUUCAAAAUUGACUGGAAUCAAGCGGUCUCCUUUGUUCGUCGGACCAGGCCUUCGGUAUAUCCCAGGGGAACACGAUAAGAAUACCAAUAUCUAUCGCACUGUCGUGGUGGAGGGUUUGCCUCCUUGGGUCACCGUUCAUGAAGUCUUGUCUCGUGUCGAAGGAGGCAAGAUCGAGUCCAUCGUUUUGGCUGAUACCACGACUAUCAUGGGCGGAUACCCGACAAUGAUGAUCCGAUUUGUCCUGCAAAGCGGAGCACAGGAAUUCCUGCGUCGAACUCACGGCGCUCUCUUCCUUGGAUACUGGCCCACCCAAGUCCGUCAGGUCGGCACCCCGACCUACAUCCUUAGCGAGGAAAUGGACAAGCAGAUCAACCAAUGGGGGCGAACUCGCUGCCUGAAGAUUCAUUCUGAACAUCUGGAACUGCGUGGGUAUCUGCGUCAAGUUCUGUUUGAGCCGGAUUGGGCGGAGUGGAUUGAAUUCACGCAAGAGAAUGUGUUGGCUGGAACCAGUAUUCUCCAUUUCACAUCGAUCAAGAUGGCGCUCGUCGCGUAUGACAUUCUGCGUUCCACCCAGCAAUUUUCCCCUGCGGAUCUUGAAUUCUGCCAUGACCCCUGCGCGGUCUAG